ACUCUACUCUUGCUACUUCAACUACUACAAUGGAAGAUAUCUAUACCACCACCGUCGACAGUGGCCGCACCGGCCUUCCUCCUUCAAGAUAUCGCGGCAUCCGCCAACGGAAAUGGGGGAAAUGGGUGUCUGAAAUCCGGGAACCAGGUAAGAAAACGCGUAUUUGGUUAGGGAGUUAUGAAUUACCGGAGAUGGCAGCCGCAGCUUAUGAUGUGGCAGCAUUGCAUUUCCGAGGAAGUGGAGCUCACUUGAACUUUCCGGAAUUAGUGGAUAGUUUACCUAGGCCAGCGAGCUCUAGUGCGGAGGAUGUGCAAAUGGCAGCGCAAGAAGCGGCUAUGAGGUUUGGGAAUAAUAUAAGGGCGACAAAAUGUUCGGAGGUUGGUGGCUGCGGCGGCUCUGGUGGAGGUAGUGGUGGCGUUGGCGAUGGUUUAGGUCCUGUAAGGAUUGGGCUUUCGCCUAGUCAAAUUCAAGCUAUUAAUGAGACGCCAUUGGAUUCACCAAAGAUGUGGAUGGAGUUGGCUGGGGCUCUAUUAUUAGCAGAGUCUACAGCUUGGGAGAAUGUUGAUUUUGAUUUCAAUGAGUUAGAGGAAAUUGAAGAUACUUCCAUUUGGAAUUACUAAUUAAUAAGUAAUUAAUGGAGAUUAAAUAUUAUAUACUUAAAAAUUAACACACUGUAUUCAUAAAAGCAAGUAUCAAAAUUCUUUUGAUUAGAGAAAACAAAUAAUUUAAUCGUUAAAGAUGUAAUUAUUAGGCUCUAUUUUAAGCAUUGGAGGAGUUUUUUUUUUUAUAUAUAUUUAUUUAAUUAGCUCUUUUAGUGUGUAAUCAGUGGCGAAGUCACUUUGAAGAGAAGGGAUAGUUUCCGGCUUUGCUCCGGUAUGUAAAAUGUGUUAUAGAGCCUAAAUGUGAUAUUAUGUUAAAGAUAAUAUAUAAAAUGUUUGAAUAAUUUUUCUA